AUGGGCUGCAUUCACAAGCUCACCGACGACGUGAUCAACCGCAUCGCUGCCGGUGAGGUGGUGCAGCGGCCCAGCGCGGCCCUAAAGGAGUUACUGGAGAACUCAAUCGAUGCGGGGUGCAACCGUGUGCAGGUCGUGGCAGCUGAAGGUGGGCUCGAGGUGCUGCAGGUGAGCGAUGACGGGAGUGGCAUUCACAAGGAGGACCUACCGCUGCUGUGUGAGCGCUAUGCGACGAGUAAACUGCAGACUUUCGAGGACCUGCAUCGGGUCACCUCCUUCGGCUUCCGCGGCGAGGCUCUCGCAUCCAUAUCGUAUGUGUCACGCGUCACAGUGACUACACGUCGCCACCAAGCGUGCGACGAGGCCAGCGAUGGCGCGCCUUCUGCAUGUGCGCACGCCUUGUCCACUGCCGGCGCAGCGGUCGCAUGGCGCUGCCAGUACCUAAAUGGGGCCCUUCUUGGCGACCCGCAGCCGUGCGCCGGCAACCCUGGCACUACCAUCCGAGUAGAGAAACUGUUCUACAACACUCUCGUGCGGAGACGGUCGCUUCGUGCUUCGGAGGAGUGGGGCCGCAUCGUGGAUAUCGUGUCGCGCUACGCCCUGGCCUUUCCCGCUGUCGGAUUUACUUGUCACCGUGAGAAGGCCUACAGAGGUGCUUCUGGCGGCGGAGUCUCUUCGACGGGGUCUCUGAGCCGACUGGGAGGCGGCGGUAGCGGUAGCAACGCAACCAGUGCCACCGCCAACGCUGGUGGCUCCGGUGCUGGAGGCCUCUGCUUCCCACCUCGGUCCAGCACACGGCAGAACAUACGACUCUCUCACGGUACCCAGCUUGCCUCGCACUUGCGCCUCGUGUACGCGUAUAACGUGGGGACAGCGACGACACUACCAUGUGGUCCAGAGCCCGAUACAGGCUUCGAACCGCUUGGAUCGGAGCUGGAGGAGGGGGGCGGCGCGCUCAGCGCAGGUGACGAGUCUGGGCUGCUGUCAGCGCCACCAUCUGCGUCCUCGUUCACCAAAGAGUUAUCGCCGUCGUUAUCUGCGGCGUCCAGACAUAGCGCUGCCCGAGAGGCGCGUGUGUUUGCGCAGAUGGAGCUGCGCGCGCGACGCGUGCGGGCGACCAGUGGCCCAGCCGGUGAGGGUCUCUUCACUCUCGUUGGCUACACAAGUGACCCCACACUGACCCAGCGCAAGUCUUAUCUGUGCGUCUUUAUUAAUCAGCGUCUUGUGGAGAGCGCCGCGAUACGCAAGGCUAUCGAUGCUGUCUACAACGGUGUCCUCACUGGUGGAAACCGCCCCUUCACAGUGCUCCUCCUCUCCGUCCCUACGGACCGGGUGGACGUGAAUGUGCACCCGACCAAGAAGGAGGUGUGUCUCCUGGACGAGGAGCUGAUUGUGCUGCGAGUGGCGGAGGUGUGCCGCGGGGCCGUGCUCGAGGCAGCAGCGGCUCGGCAGAUGGAUAUGCUAAAGAUGCGUCACACCGCUGCCCUAGCACUGAAACAGGAGUUGCCGAGCGCCGACGGUGUCGGUGCCGCAGACAAUAGCGCGACAGCAGAGCUGAGUGGGAGCAGUAGUCAGCACAUACUGGAGAAGCUGCGGGAGCAACAUCAGCGUGGCACCCCGCUAGCCUCACCUCUCACGUCAUCAUCCCUUACCUCCAAGGCAGCUACGGCACCAGUGGGAACAGGAGUUGGCGGUGGACCGAGCGUCGUGGCGGCGCCGUGCACAGUGGUCCGUGUUGAGCCACAGAGAGGGGCACUGGACAAGUACUUUUCGCAGCGACUCGCUGCAGGUGCUGCACCGCCGGCGGCGGCGGCGACCGUGUCGGCACCUCUUUCGUCUCCGUCCCACUCGUCGUUGCUGCCAGCCACGCAAGCGACGCCGUCGCAGGUUUCGGUGGACUACCGCCUUCGCGCACAGGCGAAGGCGGCGCUAAAAAGUGAGGAUAGGCGGCAGGAUUCGGUGAGCCAUCUUGCAAGGAGGGGUGACGUAGCCAACGACGAGCCUCAGACAACCCCUGGUUAUGAGGCUCCGCUGUGGGAGACGGUGAUGGCCUCUCUGCCUGGGCAACAGGCACCUGCCACCACCGCCGUUGUCACCACUGACGCGGAUGACAGUCAUGGGCCCCCUUUUGUGUCUCCUUCGCCGGAAGCAGUCCACAGCGGCGAGAGGGACGACGACACGGCAGUACAUACAAUUCGAGCCUACCGCGAGGCGGCAGACAAAGGCGACGAGGGCGAUCCCCGCCUUGCUGUCCCAGCUGUGGUGCAGAUGACGAAGAAGUACAUAGACAGCAAAGUUGACGGUGGUACGGACUCAGUGAGGGCACGCACCGAGCUACUCAGUGAGGAAAGCGCAGUCGACAGUGGCGACGAAGACGAGGAUGACGGCAUGCGCGAAUUCAAGCGUUAUCGGCACGAGGUGCAUGAGCGGGCGCAGCUGCUGCAACGGGCCGCCGGCGUUGCUGCCGCUGCAGCGUCGAUGAGCAAGUCUGCGGUACUGCACAAAGAGAGCUUUGCGGCGGCUCGAUCUCCAAGUACUCACGUGGGGUCACCACCAGCAACAAAGGCCGAAAAAGCGCAGCUGGCCAUGGCGCACCUCGGUGCGGUAGUGCGAGCUGCAGACAUGCUUCGGAGAGAAGCUGCCGCUGAGAACGCCUCGAACUUUGUGCACGCGGUUGCCUCUGACGAAGAGAGCGACGUGGACAAAGAGAAAAUCCAGCCAGGCACCUCUCCAAGUGGUGCUUCACCUGGUGCGACGGCGUCGCUUGUGAAUGUCGCUGAGGUGCCUGCGCCAGUGCUGCUGUCGAGUGUGUCCAUCAUCGUGGACCGCAUUCUCGCUGACGCCAGCCCGACGGCGGACAACCUCGUUGGUCAGCUCUCCUUCGUCGGUGCCGUGGACUCGCGUGCCUUUCUGGCGCAGGCGGGGACCACGCUGUUAUGGUGCGACACCAUGGCGCUGGUGCGACACGCUGUCUUUCAGCGUAUCUUUCUUCGCUGGGGUCAGCCUGCGCUGCCUGCACCGCCGGUCCUUGUAUUCACCACACCGAUUCGGCUGGCGGAUCUACUACUGCUCGCGCUGGCGUACGAUGGGCCGCACCUGCAGCCACCCUCAGUAACGCUGUUGGCGGUUGUAGAUGAAUGUAUGAAGAAGCAGCGGUCAGUCUCGAUUGGCUCUGACGCGACUCAGCGAGCAGAGACUGCUCUAACCGCGGAUGCGGUGCGGCGGAUGGGCGGUGUGACUGCGCUCGCGUGGCGACAGCUGCUGUUUAAGGCGGAUUUGGAGCACAGCACCCUGAGUUACGCUGAUCUGCCCACUGAAAGCGGCGCUGACGGCGCCUUUGCUGCUUCGGCAUCGGCGCUACCACAGCCUGAAGGUGCCACGAUGCGCUACGUGCGGCGGCUGGUGCGCCGUCUGUGCCGUUGGCGGGCUUUGCUGAAGGAGUACUUCUACAUUGACAUCACCGCCGACGGGCUGCUCGUUGGGUUGCCCUACGGGCUGAAUCGGCACUGGCCGCCGAGAAUGCGAGCUGUUCCUGUGAUGGUGUGGCUCUUGGCGGAGGCGGUGCCGUACCCCGGCGUUGCCGCCCUGUCGUCUUCUGGCAUGAGCGAUGCAGCUGAUCAGAUGAGCUCAACAGGUGCUCCGUGGCAGAGCGGCAAAGGCCGAGGUGCGGAGAAGGCCGUCACGUGUGUUGCUGCGUCCACAUCAGUGGCAACUUCCCUGGCGCCGACGCAAACAGAGGUGACUCUCACCACGACGCCGCAGCCGACUGCCAUGGAGGCAGAGGCUGACGGGGUUGCGCAGGAGGUAGCGUGUUUUACAGCAGUGGCGCGACACAUUGCAGCGGCGCUGUACGGACUUCCGCCGCCGCCUCCUAGCACACUGUCUCCCUCUGCGGAAGGUCCUACUGUUGCUACUGCUGACGUGGCCACAGGAGCGACCGACAUGGCGUCUGUGGAGCUUUGGAGAGAGGAACUCGUACAGCACGGGCUCUUCCCGUGCUUGAAGAACCCUCAACUUUUCUGUCUACCGGACCACUGCAUGCGGGAUGGCACGAUUCAGUCGUUGGUCUCAGUGGAGUCCCUCUACAAGGUGUUUGAGCGCUGCUGA